AUGGCGCGUAUUCCAGUGGCAGAUAUGUUCUCGCUGGCCGGCAAAACUGCCAUUGUCACCGGGGGUUCAGUAUACCCAGGACACAAUACAUUACUUCGUGGUAUAGUACUAAUCGCCGUCACAGCAACGCAACCCUUAGCAGCAGAAAUGAGCCGUGCGAUGGCUGAGGCAGGCGCAGACAUUGUCGCCAUUGUCUCACCAUGGGAUCCGGCGGAACGAGAGUUGGAAGAGUCGAUCCGCGCGACUGGCCGGUCGCUCCGAGUAUGGAGUGCCGAUGUCGGGAACAUCACGGCUUUGCGUACGUGUUUUGGUGACAUCUGGAAGGACUCAAUCGUACCGGACAUUCUGUUAAACUUUUCGACAAUAAAUCGGCGUGGAACCGUUGAAGAAAUGACCGACGAGAGCAUUGAUCUGGUAAGUCAGGAAGACAAAUUCUUCUCAAUUGGUGACAUGUGCUCACCAGUGUUUCUGGCCCAGAUAUUCGCUGUGAAUCUCAAGGGGGCGUAUGUUGCGGCGCAGGAAUUUGGGUCGCGACUUUUGAAUCUCAGACGCCCAGGAAAGAUCAUCAAUUUUGCCUCCUUGACAGCACACCUCCCAAUGACGCAUGUCUCUGCUUAUGCCGCAGCCAAAGCUGGGGUACUCCAGAUGACUCGCGCAAUGAGCAAUGAGUGGGCACCGCGCGGGAUUCAAGUUAAUUGCAUAUCGCCUGGCUAUUCGAAGACCGCCAUGACGAGUUCCCUGACUGAUCAAUACCCGGAAAUGGAUGGGUACAUCACUGGGCGCACACCUUCUGGGAGAUGGGGUACACCCUAUGACUUCCGGGGCGUUGUUGUUUUCCUCAGUACCCCGGCUUCCGACUUUGUCACAGGGACCACUGUUGUCGUUGAUGGGGGGUUAAUGGCCCGUUAG